AUGGAUCUAGAUUCAUUCCCAAAGUCUCUGUUCAGGGAGCUAGUUGCAAACAAAAAGUUUAUCCAUCUAGUCCAAACUGAUGCAUCGGUUAUAACUAAUAAUUACUUGGAUUUUAUUUGGGAUAUAGGGACUUUUGGUACGAGGGGCUCAGAAGACAAACUUUUCAGUGCAAAUAAACAUUUAGUAUGUUUAUUAAGAAGAGGACUUUCUUUGGGUAUUAAACUCUCACAAAAUGACGGGAAAGGCAGCAAACCGAUGAGAUGGUUUGAUUACAAUGUUGAUCAAAUUAAUAUUUGGAUUCUUAAGCGCGGAAUGGAGAAGUUUUGUGAGUUAUUCCCUGAUUAUAGAAGAAGAAUAGAACAAAUAACUCCAAUUGUAGGAGAUGAUUUGCAGGGAUUAAAGCUUCUUGCAUUAGAAAAGCUAGAUGGUGAGAACUCACAAAUUUCUUACUUUGACGUUACUGACCAAUGGGUUAUUGGUUCUAAGAAUGUAACCAUACUUUGUAGUGAUAUUAGUGAUCUUGAAAAUAUAUACUAUAACAAAAAUAGAUAUCAGUCUGCAAAGAGUAGUGCAUAUUCUUGGUUUCACACAUUGGAGCAGUUCAAAAUGUAUUCUAUGGAAGACUAUGAAACAGAAAUAAAUAAUUUGAAAAAAUUCCUUAAAAACAAUACUCUUCUUUGUGAACUAAUAGGCAAUCCCAACAGGCAGCAUAUAGUUAAUUAUUCCAACACUUCACCUCAACUCUAUUUCUUUGGACUAGUUUCAAAGGAAAACGAGUAUGAAAAUUGUUUUAGUCCUUUAUCUCUAAUGCAAUACUUGAAUCCAUUCUUCUUUAAAUACAUUGUCCAAUUUGUUAAUUUACCUUCCCAACACAAUGUCUCAGAAUGUUUAGAGAAAAGAUCUUUUGAAAAUUGUUGUAUGAGUUUAAGUCCAGUAUUUUCUUUUAAAAACCAAUGCUUCAAUUUUCAAAGUAUAAAUGAACUGGACGACUACUUGUCAGUUAUUCAAAGUAUUUUACUUACUUUAAGAACAAAUACUGAAGGUAUAGUGCUGUAUUUCAUUAGAAGCACUGGGGAAUCUGAUCAAGAUGUUGUAUUGUCUAUAUUGAAGCUCAAAACCAUACGAUUUUCUUGUUUGAGGCUUAUAAGAGAGUAUUUAAAGAACAUAGUCAUAAAAAAUUUUGUAAUUAAUGUACCUUAUAAAUAUAAUUUGGCCAGUUUAAACACACAUGAAGAAAGUGAAUCUUUUUUGAAAUUCGUUUCUGACAAUUUUUGGUUUUCAGUGUAUAAAUAUUUGGCCAUUUUGAUCCAAAAUACAACUGAUGACUUUUUUAAUAAAAUUAACAAAGAUUUUAAAAGAACUUGCAGACAAAUCUCUAAUAUGUAUAACCUUUUUGACCAAAAAGCUACUGACCAAAUGGAGAGUGACUUUAUAUUUUUUAAGCAAUUGUUUCUAUCUUCGUCCAUAUACUUGUUAACAAAAAUAGCAUAUCUGAGUCUCGAGACUAAGAAAAUCGAUUCUGUGCAGCUAGUCAGAUACUUUUUUGAUUCAUAUUCAAGCUUUCUUUCCGAUAUGGAGUUUCAGAUCUCUAAUUCUAGUAAGAUUACCGGUAUUAAUUUUAAUCUUUGCAAUCAGAACCAACCUUGUUUAUAUGGACAACCCAAUGUUCAGCUUCAAAAUCUUGGAAACCUUCCAUCUGGAUCUACUAUUGAAUUAUUGAUUCCUCCUUUAAACUGGUCUUGGGUAGAAAUCAAGAAUAUGCUUUCUCAAGAUUUUUCUCUAGGCGUUGAUACUUGGAUUCUAGAUUCUAGUGAAUUCUAUUUGAAUAUUAAUUCAAGCGACUCCGAGGAUGGCCAUUCAUAUAUAAAACCAAACUAUCAUAUAUUUGUGAAUAUCAGACAUAUAUUUGACAAUGAUAUAACACAGGGAAGAGAUCAGCUUUAUAACUAUUACAAAAUAACCAUAUUUAAUGAACUUAACUCAUCGUCUAAUUCAGAAAAAGAAGUUAUUUUUACCUUUACCGAGAAUAGUAUUAAGAUGUCUACAUUCAGAAAAAGUUCACUGGGUCAAUUUAAAAAUUUAGUCAGCAAUCUAAUUAAUAAAACUACCAAAAUUAUUGUUGAUGAAGUGGGGAUUACAGAGUACAGUAAGUUAAAUGCCAAUCAACAGCUUGUCAGAAAGCUAGAGAUUCUCCCAAAGAUUCUUCCCUGGGUUAAUACUAGUACUAAAAGCAUCAUCCCAAGUGGUCACGUAAUUAAUAUCAGGGAUUUCGAGCAUUUAAUGUAUGCAGUUUUUGGCUCCAAUGACUUAAAAUAUGUAAUUGAUGCAUUCUAUCACCGUGAAACAAAGAAUGACUCAAAGACACCCAGCAAAAUUACUGAUCAUUUCGCUGAAAAGGCUAUUUUUAAGGACCUAAGACUAGAAUCUACUUUUCUUCUACCUUUUGGAAUUCCUGGAUCUGGUAAAUCAUUCAUACUCAAAUCACUUAUAAAAACAAUACUGAGUAAACAUACUAAUUCUUAUUAUUUUUCCGCAUUAAUCUCAGGUGAACGUGUUACUGAGUUUAAUAUGGAGGAUGAGUCUGUUUACUCACUUGUUGUUCCUUCUAAUGAAGAUUCUUCUGGAAAUGAACGAUUUGAUUUGAUUUUGUAUGUGUCUAGAGAUGGAUGUGCCCAGAGUUUAAUGAAUGGAUCUAAAUGGAACUAUAAUACAUUAAUAUCAGAUAAAGCCUCAAAUAAAUCUAAAAAUUCCCAACUACCCAAUAAUUCACUUUAUGAACUGUCUGAAGAAAAAUUUCAAAAGUUUUCCAAAAAAACAAAGAAUUGUAUGGAUCUUAUAAUUGAAUCAUUCAUUAAAUUGUGCUCAAAAAUAGUUGAAGAACGUAGAAACGAAGACUCCACAAAAACUCAUGAUUCUUCUGAAUGGAUUAAGCGUUUGAAAAGCGUCUAUGAUGGUUACAGAAACUUGAAAUUAUUGGUUCUUGUAGAUGUUAAUCAUACUCCAGAGGUAUUUCUUCAGAUGAGUGGAGAUUUCAAAAGCAAAUUUAAAUUGAGUGAUAUUACUUUAUAUAGAGCUUUUGUAUUAUUUAUUUCUAAGAAUUCUAAAAACACUGGUGAUAAGUCUAAAGCAGGUUGGAAAUAUAUCUUUAGCAAGGAACAUGUAAUAUUAUCUAUUUUAAGAAUGAUUAGAAGAACAAGUCAUAGUACUCUUAAAGGAUUUUCCAAGAAAAAUGUAAGUAUUCUGCUUCAUUUUCUGGUUAUAUAUUCUCAAACUAUCAAGGUUUUACAGUUAAAUGGCAAAGUAGUUGAUUCAACUCUUUCAAAGGAAACCUUGGAAUUGUUGGGUUUCAAAGGAAUAAUUGGACUCAAAGAUAAAGAUAGUGAGUUCUUUUCUGAAUUAAGUAGCGAAGCAAAACCUUUUUUUAAUUCGUUGAUCUCGGAUUUACCUGAUGUAGUAAAUAGUGUGGAUAUUUCUAAUCCAAGAAAUAACGAAAAACUGAUGGAUAGAUUUAUGUCCAAUCUUGAGGAACUUUCAAAAUUAAUUCAUGUACUUCCAGAACCUAUAAAUAGUAACAUGGCUGAUAACAUUUAUUCAAAUAUCACUUCUUUAUGCAAGAAUAUCCCCUUUAAGGGUUCAGAUGUUGCUUUGGGAAAACUUUAUUAUGAUUUAACAGAUAAAUUCACAAUUAAACCAUUCGAUUUGGAAGUUACUACAAGAGGUGAGUUGAGUGAUUAUUUAUCCCAAGUAAGAAGUAAGUAUGGAUUUACAGCAAUUGGUUUUGAUAACCACAAAUCAAGUAUUGAAACAAUCAUUCAGGUUUGGAAUAAACACGAAGAAUCCCUGAUCAAGGUGAUUAGAGAGUACAAUUCUAAGAAGGGGAAUCAUGAUGAAAUAAAUAUUGGAGACAUUCCAAAGAAAGUAAGCCACAUUACUUGCUGUUUCUUUCGGUAUAAAACUGGUUCAAACACUGAAAAGGUUUCAAAUGUUGAAUCUUUACUUGACAGCCAAAUUAUCUCUGAUAUGAUGAUUUUGUUUUCCAUGCCUUAUAUUGGUAGGAGCUAUAACUUUCAAGUUUCCUACCUAAUUUAUAUCCACGACUGGAAAUUGGCAUUCUUGACAGUUUCUUCCCAGAAAAAUUUGCUUGAGGUUCCAACAAAUGAGAACAAUUAUGACAUUUUAAUUAACAGAAAAACGACUAUUUCUUUAGCAAAAAAGGAUAGUAACUCAAAAAGUGAUGAGGGUGAAAUAAAUGGAAAUAAGAUUAAAAAAGGUAGAAGAAAUAGGUCAAGAAAAAAAUCAAGUGGGGAAGAUUCAAAAGACGAUUCAAAGGCAACUAAUAAUCAAUCAGCUUUACUAUUGACGUCCUUACUGCCUUUUAGAAAGGGCGGGCAUCCUCACAUUACUUUAUUUUCUGGAAAAUUCAGCCCUGUAAUUUCCAAUGUCGCAAUAAGUUUACUUGGAAAUGACUUUUCAGAAUUGUCAAGCCUGAGAACGGACGAAUGUGAAGUGCGGAUUCUGGAAGUUCAGGUUAACGAACAACCACUAGAGGGGAUCCUUAAUAAAGGACUAAGUGAAGAUGACUCAAAACUGGAUCCUGUGAAAACCCUAAGAAUUUUAGCAUUAGGACUUUGGAAUGAGAAAAUAAUGCUAAGAGGAGAUUUAGUAUAUAUGUAA